AUGUUGGAAGCAAAUUUUUCAGAUUUCCCAGAUAUUAAGGCUCCUGAUUUAACGUUGAAUCAGCUAAAGAUAAUUCUGAAGCGACUGCGACCACUCCAGCGAUACAGUUUUUGCGUAGAGGCUUGCGAAGAUGACGAUGUGGGCACGCUUCGCGAGGGCUUCCUACAGAUGCUGAAGAGCAACCUAAGCCUGGAAGAGGUGGUGGCCCUGUACUCUGCAUCCGUGGCCUUGUUCCUGCUGGACGAGAACGAGGACGAAAGGCCGUGUGGCCAGCGAUUGGAGCUCUUGAACGGUAGCUUUGCCUACUCGGACACCCUGAAGCCCACGAUGAUCCACUACGCCACUAUUGAAAUUCUCAGCAGCCUAAAGCUGGCCACCAGCGAAGAGGAGCACUACUUCGUCUACCUGCUGGAGGUCAUUCCCCACAUCCUGGUGGCCAGCGACACCGGCAAGAUGAUCUCUCUAGGACUGCUCCGCGCCAUAAUAGCCAUCAUAUCUGGGUCCCAAAUAAUCCUGCACAUCUAUCGCAGUCUAUGGGAAUCCUUUGAAAUGUUGCAACAAGUCAGCCACAACAAUAUCCUGCUAGACUGGUCGUUACGAAGGACAUAUGUCCUGGUAAAGGCCUUCGCCCUGCUCACCGCCAGCGUCGCCUUCAACUCAAGCAACCAGGAACUCAAGCGGGCAGGAUACAGGGGCUUCGAAUUGCCACCCAAAGCCACUGAAAUCGUCGAAUGGUUCAAGACGCUGCGGGAUCGGCUCGAGGAGAAGCACAAGGCGCUCAAGUGCCAGAAGGGGUUAAUGGUAAGGAAGAGGUUUGUUUUGUAA